AUGAAGCCAUGCCGUUUUAGCAGGCUGACCAGCACUCGUGCUAACUUUCGCACCAGGGUUCUCCGGAAGUGCUUGGCGGGACAACAUCAAGCAACAUGUUUCUACCGUCAGCCGUGCUCCCAGCUUUCCUUGUUCGCCAGUGUGCAAGGCCCCUGCUCAGCCACAGUCCAGAAGGGGCCGUGCAAUGCACCCGAGCCUGCAGCCCCGGCUGGGUCUGUUCGACGUGUUAUGGUCUCCAGACAUGCUGCAGCAGUGGAUGUCCUGAGGAGGGUAACGCAACAAGCUACGAUCCCAGUUCCUACAGCGAUGCCAGAGCCAAGCACUUCAGAUGGGCUGAUGCUCAGAUUUCCCGCACUGGAAUUUCGGAGCCUCCUACUCAAUGCCCUAGGUCGCGACACCUUUCCCGAACGUGCCGUCUGGAAGCGCCACAAAGUAUCGCUGUGCGCCCUGCUGCUUCAUCUGGACGAUGGAGACCUAUCCGCCUACACCUCAGCGUUGGACGCCCUGGUGGGGCGAAUCUGCAUGGAGGAGCGAGAGGGACAAGCUGGGCGCUGUGAGGGCCGGGCCGGGUCGCGGCAGGGCAAUGCACGGGCACGUGCGCGAGUACGUGCACGGGCACGGCCGUGCAACGGUGCUGCGGCGGGGAGGGGAGGGGAGGGCGAUACGUCAUGCAAGUCAUUGUUACGAUCGCAGCCUCCAUCAUCAUCAUCAUCGUCGUCAACAGUAUCAUCAGGGGCGUCGCUAGAUGGGGGGAAGGAGGAGGAGGAGGACGGGGAGAACGGUGUGGCGGCGGCCGUGGAUGCUUCGAGGAGCAGCACGAAACGCCAGGCGGCUGCUGCAGCCAGGACGACAUGUCUGAAGGCGCAAAUCGAUGCCUGGUGUCGUGCUGCAAUGGCAGGAGGCACUUUCUCCUCCCUACGCUCCCUCCUUGAGCGAGUGAUGGAAGUGGGGGAACCUGCACCACUCGUAGAUAUUCGCCGUAACGGCAGCCACACGGAGCUGCAGGUCGCGGCACUCAUGUCCAGCAAGCUCCCCCCGGACUGGCGACUGAUAUGCGGUGCCACCAUACUGGCAGUGGACGGUCAAACCUUCGUCAACCGCAAACGACUCAAGGGCGAGGCGGAUCUGUUGCUGGUGGAUCCAGACGGUGUCGUACAGGCUGUGGUGGAGGUGAAGACUGCUAAGGGUAACCCGUACGUGGCGCUGUACGACGACAUCGGCAAGCUGCUCAGCCUGCUGCGUGCCGUACGCGACCGCAGCGUCACCUUCCGACACGGCGCCUCCCCCCACCGCGUCACCACGCUGGACUUCGCCAAGCGCCUCAGACCCAUCUAUGUGCUAGGAUGCGGCGGCGCUGCCAUGGGGCUCAAAGGCUUGGGUGGUGGCGGCAAUGGCUCCGCUGCGGCGGCCGCCGCCGCCGCCGGCGGCGGCCCGGCGGCGUCGGUUCUUCGCAGCGCCUGGUCCAAAUUGUUGACGGUAGAGCUGGGUAGAGAGCUAUCGGCGGCAGCGUCCGCACCCGCCUGGUCGUCAGUCAAGCUGGCGGCACUGAGCCGGGAGACUGUCGUACUGCAGCUGACGCCGGCCGCUUAUGAGCCGCUGGCUAGGCGUGUGGCGGCGUACUUUGCGCGGCUGGCGCAUUGUGAGGUAUACUUGAUGGAUGGUGUGGCAGGUGACGGCGGCGGCACCGGCGGCAGCGCCGCUGCUGCCGCCACCGUGGCGAAGGAAGCGGUGCCUGUGGAUGCUGGUUCCGGUGCCGCUAGCAAAGCCAACGGCGCUGCCAUUUGGGGCGCAUGA